AACGGGGAAUUACUUUCGGUGAUUUCUCGUUUCGACAGGGGAAUUACUGUAUUACUGAGAUCAGUUACGAGUGGUGAGUGGUUAUUGAGACUAUUUAGCAGAGUUUAUUGUUUUCUGGAGCAUUUUGGCCGCAAUUUUUGUAUUUAGUGUAUUAUAACGAUAUUAAUAUGAGUGAUUCGGAGAGUGGAAACGAAGGUUCAAGCACUGGGAAAAGAAAGAAAUAUGAUCAAAACUACAAGGAGGAGUGGCAGAAUAUUGCUCAGUUUAAAGGAUGGUUAAUGAAAAGUGAGAAAGGCACAACUUAUGCCAAAUGUAAGGUAUGCAAUAAAGACAUAAAUAUUGCUAGCGGUAAAGAUGCUUUAAUAAAGCACAGUAAAGGAAAAGCGCAUUUAACUAAAUGUAAAAGCAUUUCACGACAACCAGAUAUAACAUAUUUCACAUCAGAGGUGUCAACAGCAAUUGUAGCAAAGCAAAAAAUGGAACAACGGGUCAAAGAAGGU